AUGACUUGCCAAGCAUUUGCUUCAUCUGACACCUUUGUACCUUUGAGUUCUGACUCUUCUCCCUCUCUGCCUCUGAUAAUGCAUCACAGCGCUGCAGAGUGCCUGCCGGUUUCUAACCAUGCCACCAAUGUUGUGUCUACAGUCCUAUCUGUUUUGUCUUUGAUCCGAACUCCUAUAUGUUCCCGUAUCUGCUUUGCCAUGACGACUUUGGGAAACGCUUUGGCAGGCCUUCAUUACUCUGUGCCUUCCUGUCAUUAUGGAAAUCAACCGUCUACCUAUGGGGUGAUGGCAGGCAGCCUGACCCCUUGCCUUUACAAAUUCCCGGAGCACGCCCUGAGUGCCAGCUCCUGUGCCCUGGGCCACGGCUUCACGCCCAUGCACCAGUCCCUCCUUGCAGAUGAUCCCACCACCGCAGACUUCAAGCAGGAGUUCCGCAGAAAAAGCAAGUCUGUUGAAGAGCCCGUCGACAUGGACUCCCCUGAAAUCAGGGAACUGGAGAAAUUUGCUAAUGAAUUCAAGCUGCGGAGAAUUAAGCUGGGUUAUACGCAAACCAACGUUGGAGAAGCACUGGCUGCUGUGCACGGCUCUGAAUUCAGCCAAACUACUAUUUGCCGGUUUGAAAACUUGCAGCUGAGUUUCAAGAACGCAUGCAAACUGAAAUCAAUACUGUCCAAGUGGCUGGAGGAAGCAGAACAAGUAGGAGCUUUAUACAAUGAAAAAGUUGGAGUGAAUGAGCGGAAGAGGAAGCGCAGAACCACCAUAAGUAUUGCUGCCAAAGAAGCCCUAGAGAGGCACUUUGGAGAACAAAGUAAGCCUUCUUCUCAGGAAAUUAUGAGGAUGGCUGAGGGGCUCAAUCUUGAGAAAGAAGUUGUGAGAGUUUGGUUUUGCAACAGAAGACAAAGGGAAAAGAGAGUGAAGACAAGUUUACAUCAGAACGCCUUUAGUUCUAUUAUCAAGGAGCAUCACGAAUGCCGGUAA